AUGGAGUCCGAAGAUGCUGUGACGACGGAGAAACCGACCGCGAGUCGGUCGCAAGCGACCAUGGCCGUGGUGGCCCUCACCGGCAUUAGCUUUCUCAACACCAUGGGUUCCGGCAUGUUAACAGUUGCGCUUCCACACAUUGCAAAAGACGUUGGACUUGCCCAAAAUAUUCUGCUAUGGCCCGCAUCCGUAUACGCGCUUGCAGCAGGAUGCACGCUGUUGAUUUUUGGAUCGGUCGCCGACGUCGCUGGCGAUAAACCUGUGUGGCUCACUGGAAGCAUUCUGUAUACCUUUUUCACCCUCGGUUGCGGACUGGCUCAGACGGCCGCCCAGUUGAUCGCGUUUCGCACCUUGCUGGGUAUCUCCAUUGCAAUGUGUCUGCCCUCCGCGGUCAGCUUGAUGACGCGCACAUUUCCUCCUGGAAAAUUGCGCAAUAUUGGCUUCGCGGCAAUGGGCAUGGGCCAGCCGUUGGGAUACUCGGUUGGCUUGAUUCUGGGUGGUGUCUUUUCAGAUUCGAUUGGGUGGCGCUAUGGGUUUUAUAUCAGUGCUAUCCUCAAUGGAAUCCUGUGCGUCGUGGCUUUCUGGUGUCUGCCCCAAUUGGACAUUCCAAGCCCAAAGGCGAUUCUUAAAGGCUGUUUGGAGAUUGACUGGGUCGGUGCUGUCAUGGUCAGCAUUUCACUUGGAUUGAUUUCGUUUGUCCUUGCGCAACUUACGAAUAACUACCAUAGCAUCGGAGACGGAUACAUCAUCGCUCUACUUGUGAUAUCGAUUGUGCUGCUCCCAGCAUUUUCUCUAUGGGCAGGAUGGCGAGAGCGGAGGAAUCUCCCAGCGCUGAUCCCAAACAGCUUGUGGAAGAAUUCUACAUUUACAUCGACGUGUAUCAUCGUGUUUUUCACCUGGGCGGUGUUUAAUGCUUUUCAAUACUUUUCUUCUCUCUAUUUCCAAAAAGUCCAGAAUAAGUCCGCCUUGGCGUCCUCAGUCCGCUUCAUACCAAUGGUGGUUGUUGGCGCCGCCACAAAUAUCUUUACUGGGUUUGUAGUGGACAAAAUCCAAGUGAGGACUUUGGUCCUCGUCUCGGCCAUUAUCAGUACUGUGCCAGCUCUCUUGAUGGCCUUGGUCAAGCCAGAAUGGGGAUACUGGCGGGGGCCAUUCGUGGCAAUGCUUCUUAGCCCUCUACACCCUGACGUGCUCUUCACCGUCUCAAACCUAAUCAUCUCUCAAGCCUACCCCGGCAAAAACCAAUCCCUCGCCGGGGCCGUAUUCAACUCAGUCUCACAGGUGGGGAACUCCGUUGGUUUGGCAGUGAGUGCUGUCAUAGCGGCAUCCGUGACAGACCACUCGGCAAACUAUGACCUCGAGAAAGGCUACCAGGCUGCCUUUUGGCUGAUGUUUGCGGCCAUGAUAGUAGUGUGCAUUGUCAGCUUUUUUGGCUUACGCAGUGGAGGUAAGGUUGGUAAGAAGUCUGAAUAG